AGGGGCUUGAUUUUGUGGUUUCGGAAGCAAGAAACUAUGGGGUUCGUUUGAUAUUGAGCUUUGUGAACAAUUGGAAUGACUUUGGAGGCAAAGCACAAUAUGCACAAUGGGCUAGGGAUGCAGGAGCACCGGUUUAUCAUGAUGAUGAUUUCUUUACUCAUCCUGUCCCUAUAGAGUAUUACAAAAACCAUAUCGAGAAAAUUGUAACAAGAAUCAAUACCAUUACUGAAGUUGCUUACAAGGAUGAUCCAACUAUCAUGGCUUGGGAGCUAAUGAAUGAGCCACGUUGCCAAGCCGAUUACUCUGGCAAAACCGUUAAU